GCUUCAUUCUGGGUAUGAUGUUGAUCUGCAUCCAGCCCUGCAAUCACGUCUUCCAGCUUGCAGGGAAAACCUGGAGGAUGGUGACAGGAUUUACAUUCCAGCCACCAUUUAAAAAACCUCACACUGUUCCAGUGUAGUGCUGCGGUGUCACCCAUUGCACAGGUGCAUUCGGGUCCCAAUCUGAGUGGUUUGUUGUGUGGUGGCUGUGACAACCCACUGUUAACCUCUCAAUGCCAAGACCAGCUGUUGCAGCCGAGGUGCUGGUACAACGUACAGGUGCAUAACAUCACAAAAAAAAAAACCCUUGUAUCAUAUACUACUAUUACCACUUCUCUUCUAGACACACAACCACGGCCUGCACUGUGGGUUGAAUGUUGCUAGGCUACACAGAAAUGUGUUUUUCUCUGUAUUUCUAGCGGAACCACAUUCAGGAAGUUGCUUCUGGGCCAACAUUUCAAUAGGCUGGGAGUAAACUAAGAAAAAGUCUAGGCCUCAACAAGCCCAGAUCUUGAUUUUGGGAGGCUAGAGCAUAUUUUAGUGUUCAUGUGGCAGGAAAUCACAAUAAAGUGAAGGGUAAGGGAUUCAAGCUAUUGUUAGAAAUUUGUAACGUUCAUUUUAAUUACGAUUUUUGGGUUUACGUUUGGUUUUAAUGCUUAGUUUGAUGAUUAUUUGGUUUCAGACUUCGGCUAUUUUUUUGACUAUGUUUAUGUUUUUCCCCUUAUAUUUUCCAAAAUAAUCCUUAUGAGCACCACCCACUACAUAGGUCAUGAAAACAAACUAACCUUUCAAAAACCUUUGAAACUUCCUUUCAUAAAGUGACACAGAGGACAUGUGUCCACAUUAUUUGCCAGGCAAAGAAAAACCUUCAUCUGUUACUCCAGUGAUUUCUAAACAACACUUACUACAAGAGCCUUUGCCCAAAGGUGGCCGUGAAAAGUUUGUCUACAGGAGAAUGAGCACUCUGGAGACCCUACAGGAGGCUUUCCUGGAAGAUAGUAUUGAUCUGAGAGGCGAACAAGCCUUGUGUGGUCCUGCUCAUUACAUAACAGAAGUUGAUCCUACAGUUGAUAAUGGUUUCCUAUUGAAGACCGGUAUGAGUACAACUUCAAGAGAAGGUACUAAAGAGAGAACAGCUUUGAACUUCUUUUUGGGAAAAGAAAGACACCUGACAUCCUCUAACAAAGUACAUAAUCAAAUAUCACUUACUGAAAAUCAAAGAAUGGAUGUGAGUGUCAAUAAAAAGAUGAUAAAGGAUUACAUUGAAGCAAGCAAAGUUCCUUGGGAGGUGAAAAAGAGAAAAACCAAAUGGAACAACAAAGAACUGGAGUUUUCAAAGGAAAGGAUUCACCUGUCAUCGUCUUGGUCUGAUGCAGAAGAGUCCUCAAGCUUGUUUCUUCUUAAGCCAAUCCAGUCAUGGAAGAGGAGUUCUGAAGAGAUAAAAAGUCAUUUUAAGGUUCGUACAAGUCCUAAUAUGUUGAAGAUUGGAACAGGAAUGAAAUCUGCUUCAAUAGCUUCCAAAAGAGAAAGAGCAGAAGAUUUGAUUUCAUGGAAUCCUUCUUUGAAGCAUUUCCAGUAUUUCUGCAGAGGUCACUUGAAGGAUAAUGCAUCUAAUUCUGCAACUGGCACUAGGUCUUUUCCUCUGCCUGAUGGUGGUUAUAUUCAAGGAAUGUGGGAGGUGGAGACGGCACAGAAUCGGCAGUCUCUCUUGACUGAUGAAAUGAGAACUUUUACUUUCCCCAAAAUCUUGGAAUUAGACCUGCGAAGAAUAGAGUUGCCUACAUACAAACUUUGAUUAAAGACUGUAAGAAAGAAUGACAUACAGUAUGCUAUGGAGUGGUGCAAUAGAGUAAGAUAACUGAUGACUUUUCUGUUACAAAAAAGUAAGUGAG